UAUAAAUAUACAGUUCUUUUACUCGUCAAACAGGUUCUGAUUCCUUCUAUUCCCUUUGCCUCCCUCUUGUUUCCUAAAAAAACAUAAUUAAAGAGAGAGAGGGAACUCUCUCUCUCCCCCCCCUCUCUCUCUCCUUCUCUCCUAUGUGUGCGUUUUCCCAUCACUCUCUGAACCGUGAAAAAGGAAUUAAGUAAAAGGAGGGUCUUUACCUUUUCAAGUGGCUCAAUGGGAGAGAGAGUAGAGGAAAAAGAUAAAGGGGUUUUAAUGGUGGAUGGGUUAAUUGAGGGUAUGCCUAUUUUUGUAAAAGAGCUAAUCGCGGGUGGAGUGGCUGGUGGAUUUGCCAAGACUGCUGUUGCCCCUCUUGAGCGCAUCAAGAUACUUUUCCAGACCAGAAGAGCUGAGUUCCACAGUCUUGGCCUGUUGGGAUCCUUUUCAAAAAUUGCAAAAACAGAAGGGGUGCUUGGUUUUUACAGAGGGAAUGGAGCUAGUGUUGCACGUAUAGUGCCUUAUGCGGCAUUGCAUUACAUGGCAUAUGAAGAAUAUCGAAAAUGGAUAAUCUUGGGGUUUCCUGGCUAUGGGAGAGGUCCUGUCCUUGAUCUUAUAGCUGGUUCAUUUGCUGGAGGAACGGCUGUGAUUUGUACUUACCCACUCGAUUUAGUUCGUACUAAAUUGGCUUAUCAGGCAAGAAAAUUGAGCAAUGAUUUUAAUAGUACAGUGCAGAUUGUUGGGUCCUCUAAAGUCAGUGUUCAAAGGCAGUCCUCAAGAGACCUAGUAUAUAAAGGAAUUCGACACUGUUUUUCCAGCAUAUAUAAAGAAGCUGGACUAAGAGGUCUUUACAGAGGUGUUGCUCCAUCACUAUAUGGAAUAUUUCCAUACGCGGGACUGAAGUUCUAUUUUUAUGAAGAGAUGAAAAGGCAUGUUCCAGAAGAUCACAAAAAGGACAUUACGGUCAAACUUGUGUGUGGCUCAGUCGCUGGUUUACUGGGUCAGACUUUCACUUACCCUCUUGAUGUUGUCAGGCGGCAAAUGCAGGUGGAGAGGCUCGUGACGUCUAACUACAACAAUGCAUCAAGAGGGACUAUAGAGACACUUAUCAUGAUCCUCCGGACACAAGGAUGGAAGCAGUUGUUUUCUGGGCUCAGCAUCAACUACCUUAAGGUUGUACCUUCUGUAGCCAUUGGAUUUACCGUUUACGAUGUUGCCAAGGCAUACCUACGGGUGCCAUCAAGAGAUGAGACUGUGGCUGAAGUUGGUAAUAAUAACCCGAAAAUUAUUCAGCCAUCUUCUCUGCCUUCUCCACCUUCUGAAACUCAUCAAUAGUCAUAUGUUCUUUUGCAAUGCGGGAUUUUGUUUCCCAUUCUUUUUUCCGGCUCAUAGA